AAGCAUCACCACUCAGGCUUAACGGGAGAUUCUUAGAGUGCAGUGUAGAACUAAUCAUUCCAAAAUGCUGCGUCUUUUUGUUGUACUCUCUGCCCUUUGUGCCAUGGCUGUGUCCAUACCUUUACCUGAUCAUUACUCUUACUCCCCUGCUGCCGGGGACGGCAGUGGAAUAGAAUAUUCAACUGCACAUGAGGGCCGCAUAACUGGUAUCAGAAUUUAUGAGUACCCAUACUACUAUGGCAACUACAUCAACGGGAUCCAGCUGAGUUAUGAUGGCAACUGGACAGAAAUUGUCGGUGUGAAUUAUUAUGGCACUGUAGGAGAAAUGUUACUCUUCAAGGAUGAAUACAUUGUUCAGGUCUCUGGAAAGUAUUAUAAUGGUUAUAUCAAUGAGCUUAUGUUUGUCAAUAAUAACGGGCGCUCACUAAAAGUAGGGCAGCCUUCUGGAAAUUCAUUUAACUUGUACCCGACCCACGAGGGAAGUGAGCUACGUUUCAUCAGUGGACGACAGAAUGGAUGGGCUCUCACCUCCAUUGGAGCUCACUGGGCUACAUACUACCCCGAUUCCAACAUAGCUUAAAUCAUACAUUUAAACAUAUCCCAUAGACAUUGCAUUUUGUCAGUUAUAAAUGGAAAAUGCAAGUUUAAUCAGUAGCCUACUCACUUUUAGGAAUGUACUCGUCUUACAGUAUAUUCUGGUCUCUUGUUUGGUGAUGAGAUUCUUUGACUUCCUGUUGAGCUGUCAAUAUUAUUUGAAUUAUUUCUGGUUAUUGUUCCAUCCUUAAAAAAUCAUUAAAAGUCUGAUUCUGUUGCAAAAACAAUUGUUUCUAAUCAUGUUCAUUUACUUUAGUGAGCUGCCCUUGUAACUUGUUUAUUUUUGGAAAUGUUGAUGUUGAUGUUGAAAUUUUAAUGUAAAA